CUGGUGGUUUAUGUUCGGACGCAGUGGUUACCUGUGCGCGCACGGCGUUAUGGUCAUUAAUAAUGCAUGUCGGCUAUUAUCAGUCCUGCCGCAGAGCCGUGCGGAUAUGUACAAGUUAGAGCCCGGCUCCCGACCGCAGCCAUUGAUCUGACAGCCUCGUUCAUCAUUGCUAACGUCAUUCCUGCCACAGUUUCAAUGGAAUCAUUACGUAUGUAGGGCCGGACCUACAUCUUGUACCUGGGGAGCGUUCGGCACCGAGUCUCUCUAGCCGUGCGGGCGGAACCGAAGCGCUGGUCCUGAGGUUCAUCACCUGACGCUAGCCCCGCAGUCAGUACGGUAAGCCAGGAAUCGCGAGACUUAGGGAGUACGGGAAGGCAGAGGUGAAGAUCAAAGCGCCGUACACCGAAGAUAUAAUAAGAUUGAAAGGACCUGUCGGGUCGAGUUAACAAGUGCGCAUGCUCUCUUUGUUGCAAGAUAAUGCAACAUGCUCCCAUUGCAGUGAUAGUAGUCGCUGGAAGCGUCUUCUACUGAUCCAGCCUUCAUAGUCCACUGAUCAUUGUUCAUAGAGAGCACACAGUAGAACGAAAUCAUAUCGUGACGGAUUGUGCAACGGAUUUGUGUAACGGACUUGUGGGGAUCCUGUGGGGGCGGACCUGUGCAUCGUUUGACCACCGCUGUACCUGUGAUGAUGGAGGGAUUCACGUGAAAGGUGUGUAAAAGACGUGUGAACAUGGUGAGGUGUGAACAUGGACAAGCCGGCAGGUAGGGGUGAACAGGUGUGCUGGUACUGUGGUACCCUGUAAGACGGUUUAAAGAUGGACAGGUGUUCCGGCAUGGCCAGGUGUGCGGGAAGUGUUGUACUCUACACCGCGGCCUGCCAGCCAGUUUAUGUUCCACCCCUCCCGCUGAAAAAGCGGCGGGCAGGAACAGAACGUCUCGCCCUGAACGUGGGAGGAACCCGGUUUGAGAUAUGGCGGCACCUACUGGAGAGGUACCCAGACACUCUGCUCGGCAGUGACGAAAAAGACUAUUUCUUCGAUGAUGGCAAAAGAGAGUACUUUUUCGAUAGGGAUCCCGACCUCUUCCGGUACAUCCUCAGUUUCUACCGCACCGGGAGACUGCAUUACCCCGAGAGCGAGAGUGUGUCCGCGUAUGACGAAGAGCUGCACUUUUUCGGGAUUCCGAACGAUGCGGAUGCUAUCGGGCCAUGCUGUAGGGAGGCAUAUAUCGACAAGAAGGAGGCCCAUGAAGCGUCUGUCAGCGCGGCCGCCAAAGAAGCACAGGUGCCGCCGGAACCCGUGACAUUCCGGGAGAAAAUCUGGCGUAUCGUGGAGAACCCUGACGAGACCACGCUGGGACUCGUGUUCUUCUACGUCACCGGCUUCUUCAUCGCCGUCUCCGUCUUCGCCAACGUCGUGGAGACGCUGAACUGCGCGCCUUUUCCGCCCAAGAUGAAGGAACAGAUCCCGUGCGGCAUUCGUUACGCGCUGUCAUUCUCCUGUCUGGAGACGGCUUGUGUUGUCAUCUUCACGGCGGAGUACCUGAUCCGCCUGUUCGCGGCGCCAGAGAGAGGCAUGUUCGUGAAAAGCGCGAUGAGCGUCAUCGACAUCGUCUCCAUCCUGCCCUUCUACGUCGGACUGUGCAUUCCGGCCAACAACAGCGUGAAUGGGCUGUUCGUCACGCUGCGAGUCUUCCGCGUCUUCCGCAUCUUCAAACUGUCCCGCUCCUCCCCAGGACUGAGGUUGCUGGGCGACACCCUGAAGGGCUGUGCCCGGGACCUGGGCUUUCUUCUAUUCGCCCUGAGCAUGGCCGUCAUCAUCUUCGCCACCAUGGUGUUCUACGCCGAGCGGAACCACCCCAACUCCUACUUCUCCAGCAUCCCGGAAGGCUUCUGGUACAUCAUCGUUACCAUGACGACGCUGGGGUACGGGGACAUGACUCCGCGCACGAUCCCCGGGAAGCUGGUGACGGCGUUCUGCUCCAUCACGAGCGUCAUCCUGCUCACCCUGCCGCUCACCGUCAUCGUCUCCAACUUCACCAACGUCAUCCAGUCCAAGAAGGGCGGGGACAAGGGACGGCACCUGGUCCGGGGCACGAGACCCACCUACGAGGAACGAGAGUUCCUGCUGCAGCGGGACCACCUCAUGCACUGUCUGGAGACCACCACGGAAAGUCAAGUCACGGAAAACAACUGUCACAUGGGGUACAUGGACAACUGGGCUCCGGACCUCGCUGUCAAAAAAGCACAGUAAAAGUACAUCGACCACUGGGCAUCGAAUCUCGCCGACUAAAAG